CACACCAAGUGUUAGCUGCUACAUGUGGGCUUCAGCAGACAGCACGCCAAGGCAUCAGUGCAUCCACAGCUACAGAAACCAAGCAGAAUAAAUCAAUCCAAAAGACAUCAGAAACCCUGCACACCACAGCGGCACACGGAUUAAGUUUGGUUACUGAACAUCAAAUGCAUGUUUGCGUGAAGAGCUCAGGGAUUAGUGGGAACAGUAAAUGUCAGGAAAAGGAAGUGGCAGAGAUCAGAUACGCAACCAUGAAAACGAGACUUGGAUGUCUAUCCAAUAAAUCUGACUCAUGCAGCGACUUUUCCGAAUUUUUCCCGCCAGGACCAGAAAGAUCCACAAGAUACCUGAAGUUGACUACAGAUGAAGUCUCCAAAUGGGCUGAUUCGUUUGAUAUUUUCCUGUCAAGCAAGUAUGGUUUGGCUGCGUUCAGAACAUUCCUUAAAACAGAGUUCAGUGACGAGAACAUCGAGUUCUGGUUAGCUUGUGAAGACUACAAAAAGAUCAAAUCACCUGCAAAGCUGGUGUCAAAAGCCAACAAGAUCUAUAGAGAAUUUAUUGAUGUUCAAGCACCAAAAGAGGUUAACAUAGACUUUAGGACCAGGGAAGAGACCAGACAGAAACUUCUGGAACCAACAUCCUCCAGUCUCAAUGAGAUCCAAACCAGGGUCUUCAGCCUCAUGGAGAAAGACUCCUAUCCUAGGUUUCUUCGAUCCAAGAUCUAUCAAGAGAUUGUGAACAGGACACAGAUGCACUGUCAGAGAAAAUCGGUUUAAAGAGGAAACUCUGUGUUGUUUUGCUUGUGUGGUGAAAACCUAUAGCGAUAUUAGAGCAGACCUUUACUGUUAUACAUAUUGAGUUUGACUGAAUAUGCAGCGUAGAACUGUGUAGCUUGUUUGCACUUGUAUAGAGUAUAUAUUACCUGUUACUGUGCUCCCUCGUGAAGUGACCUCCUUCCGAAAACUAUCACAGAUACAUUUAUGUGUAAAAGCAUGUGGAAUAAAAUGCUCGUUUUUUGGGUGUAUCAAUUUAAAAUCAAUACACCUUUUUGAUUUCCUAGUUGUUUUUUUUCACCGCUUUUUUAAUUAAAA